CUUGUACGGAGGAGGAAGUGUGUCUUGUUGAAACCUCGUUAUUUUGAGAGGUGUGAGUGAAACGUUUGUAUUUUGUGAGGAAUUAGUGCAGUACCUGUUGGGAAUGCUGGCGUGGAGUAGUUGUUGGUGAUGAUUUUUAUUGGUUAAUAAUUUGAAUCAAUGGAAAUUGUUUUUUUUUUCACUAUUUACGUAAUGACGUUUUGUUGGCCGAAUAAAUCAGUGAUCGGACAGUCCCUUACAGAUAAACUGACUGGCAAAUAGAGCUAUCAGAGAGAAAGUGAUACAAACGAGUGCCAACAUGAAUCACACAUACAUGAACACGGGAGUGCCCAAGCAUCAGAAUGGCCCUGCCAAGGCGGUGGACAUGGAUAUGGACUUCGUAACGGAUGCAAACGUUUAUUACAACCUGCCCCCUCCCUUGCCAUCGGCUAAUUUCCGGGGCACGUCACUUCCUCGUGGUCAUCAUUCCCCACAGCAUCAGCAGAUGAACAGGGCAUCUUCCUCUUGCCCCGCCUCACCUAAGCUUCCCUCUGCUGCCUCCUCUCCUCGGAAGGGUGGCCUCCCCCUGUCACGGCCGCCCUGUGCCAGUGACAAGGGAAGCAAACCUUCUCUGCCGCCCGCCGUGCCAGAACGGGGCGACCCGAAGCCGAAACACGAGAAGUUGUCGCACACUCGGUCCUUCGACCUGGAUCAUAUCUACCAGAACCUGUGCACGGCAGUCAAAGGCGCCUCCAAACCGAGAAGCAAUUCCUUCAGCAUCCCGUGGCGGCGGAAGAAGAAACCGCAGGAGGCUUCGCCGGGGAUCGCGGAAGAGGCCCGGGAAGAGGGAGGAGGAGGAGGAGGAGGGAGCGGCAAACCCCAGCCCCUGGCCAGCCCGAGUGUCACGUCCAGCACCAGCAACGGCGCUGAGAACGGGAGCCCGAGAUCGCUGCCCGACACCCGCGGGAGCAGAGCCAGCCUCAACAGCAACAGCGACAACAGCAGCGACAGCAGUAACGACGACGACGACGACAACGGCGAAAGCGACUUCGACAGCUAUUGGGGUGAAGUGUGUCCCAGUGUGACCUACAUCAAGAGGGACCUGCCCGUGCCCCGCUUGCCUGCAGCCGACGCGAGCGCAGAGCAGGAUGAGGAGCAGAAUAGCUACAACACCACGGCCACCCUGCCCCUCCGCGCCGCCAAGGGACCCAAAAAGAACGGCGGCGACAAGCAGCAGACAGAAAAUUUCGACUUAACGGCCAAUCUAGAAGAAUGGCGACAGAAAGCAAGAUGGUUGGAGAGGAAACGCAGAUCGAAGGACAUUCGAAUUACAGGAGAGAACAAAGGAAUCGACAUCGCUAUCCUGUACGCGUCGGACGGCACGAUCUGGAAGGACUACCUGCACAGCACCUUCACGCAAUUCCGCAAGGGCUACAAGGACUUCGGCAGCAUCUGGAUAAAAAACGUGGAGGAAAUCGAAGACGACGUCGAGUUGCUUCAGAGAAUGACACUGAAGAGUGCAAAGCUACAGAUUGUAAUACUCUCGCCACACUUUAUGCAGCACAUUGCCAACCAUGCAAGAAGUGAACUUGGACAUGUGUUUAAGCCAAAGAAGGUGUUAUGUCUACUACUGAAUGUGGAUAACAGCAGUUUUACACCUGCGCAUCUUUCUGUGCUUUACUCUUACAAUGAAUGGCAGCAUCUCACUGUACGAAGUGAGGACAUGUCAUUUGUACAAGAAGUUAUUAUUAAGGCUACCAGCAUUCUCAAUAGCAGUGAAGUCUACUCAGGUUAUCGAGAUGAAAGCUUAGCCCGUUUUAAAGUCAUACCUCGGAAAAUUACCUCGACACAUCCACAAGUAUAUAUAAUCAUGACUGAUGAAGUGCAUGAGGAAGUUGUAAUAUCAGUGACCAGUGCAAACAAAGAACCAGACAUCAUCAGAAAAUGGCGCUUGCAGAACCCCUAUACCAUCAGUUUCCAAAUUCCAGAGUCAUACUUGGAAACCUCUGCCUUCCUGUAUAUAGAAGUGUCAGUGAAUGGAAAGAGUCAAGGAUCAAGGCAAGUGAAGUGUGAACGAAACAUGGAUACAUUGUCACAGAUUCUUUCAAAUUCCAAAAACCCAAUUGACCUCAUGUGUCAGGCCCUAAACCUGAAUCCCUUGAACAAUGAUCUGGACCUGUGCCUGGCCAAGAACUUCAGUAUGCGUACUCCUCCCAGCCGAAGUGCAGAUGAUGACAGCGAGAAAGGUACUUCGUUAUUUCCUACUUGGGUACACUUCAGUGCCUAUUAUGGCCUGAAAAUGUUUACAUGGGCCUUACUAGAGGCUCCUGGUGCCAGGUGUGCUCUCAGUAUUCCAAACUGUGAUGGCGAUACUCCCUCCUUACUUGCCUUCAAGAGUGGCUAUCUGCCCCUCGCACACGCAUUAGAAGCAGAAAUGAUAUGUUCAAAAUCCAGAGGAGUAUCAUCACCACAACACAUCAAGAAGACAGGUUGGAAGAAAACAAAUGUUGCAACAUACAACAAUCCUCCGCCCCCUCGGCCACUAAAAUCCAAUUAUGACACAUUGCCUGCACCAAGACUAGUGUCCCCAAGUAAUUCGCCACCUGCACCUUCAGGUGCUUCUUCAGAGAGUUCAGUUUCUGUUACUCCUCCACCAGCAAUGACACCUCCCAUUUCCUCACCUCAGUUAGUUGAGGAAGACAACAAUUCUAGCUAUAUUGAAGAGGGGUGUUAUGCAUCCCAACAGUCCUUGCCUUCUUUACCAUCUGCCCUUAGUAAUACUGAUUUUGCGCUUGAUCCAAAAUCACAUUCAUUAAAAGAGGUGGUUGAAAGCUACCUUAACAUGAAUGUCACAGGUAGACAUGGGAAACAUGAAGAAAAUAAACAUUUUUACACAGAAGUUACAAAGUUUAUUGAAGGCAAGAAAGAAAACAAAAAUGAUGAAUCACUUUCUGAGGUAGACUCAUCCAAGGCAACUGCAGAUGCUUCUAACCAAGAACAGUCCACUACAUUCAUGGCAGACCAAAGAAGUGAUGACACAGUUUCAGAGAGCGAGUCAGGAGCAACAUACAUGACUGCCACUGAUAUUGUGGAUUCCACAGUCAGGCCAACAACGAAUCUGGUCCGACACUUUGUUGGAUUGCUUGGAGGGCGACGUAGACCUCUUCAUAUGGAAGGAACACGUUCCCUUCGUGAUGAACCCAAUUACUACAUUGAUGAUCCAACUUUAAAUACCCAGGCUGGGAGGACUAGAUAUCAAAAAGGUAAAGCAUUUUCUCUAUCACAAAAUCUUACAAGUAGCAAGUUUUGAAAUGAAGAGGAGAAAUAAAAGAGCCUUCUACAGAUGUGCACUGAGGUUUUUUUAAUGAUUUCCAUUCAAUUUUGGCUUUUAUUGGAAAACCAUGAAUACCAGGGUGACUAAUUGUUAUAUUUGUAAGGCUCAACAAAGAUGUAUUAAGAAAGGAAUCUACUGAGAGCUGGCAUUUCAUCAGAACUUAAGUGCUCUGUCAGUAACAUCUAUAGAAGAUAUUUUGUUGAAAGUUUAAGUACCAUUUAGAGGACAGGAAAGGAUAAGGAAAAGGAAAAGGAAAAGGAAAAGAAAAACGAAAAGGCAGAGGAGUAGUUGUUAGAAGUGCCGUAGAGCUUGACAUUUUGUUAACACUACUAAUUUGAGUUUCAGAAAAAGUUUGAGAAACAGUGAUGUCACAGAAGCAGGCUUUCUCCUUUGGCCUGUCUCUAUCAUGUUUAACCCACUGAGACUGGGAUAGCAUGAACUUAUAAGCCAUGUCCACUGUGGCUUUAGUUUAUUAACUUUAAUUACAUAUAAAGGGCUCCACAAGAGUCAAUUACUAGUUCUACCUAUCUUACCUUUUUAUCCUUGAUUUUCAGGA